AUUACAGGUGCGAGCCACUGUGCCUGACUUGUUCUAAGUGCUUUAUGUAUAUGAAAUCAUUUAAAUCCUCAUCACAAGUUUAUGAAGUAGGUACUGUUAUAAUCCCCAUUUUCUAGUUGACAGGACUGAGGUAAGGAAUUGUUAAGGAAAAGUCAGAAUUCCAUCCAGAUAUUUGGCUCAUACUCUAAUCAUGAGGCUAAACUGCUUCUCACUACACGUAUCUUCAUAGUAACUUGUGUUUUAAGUCUGGUGGAGGCAUAAGAAAAACAAACAUAAUCCCGAGGAAGUUAGUAAAUUUCUAGUGAAUGAUAGAAAUGCAGAAAUCUCUUCUUCCGCUAAAGUCCCAAAGAACACUGGGAAGAAGAGAUGAGUCUCCUUUUGACAAGUGUUAUCAAAGUAGACUGUUCUCACAUACACAAGGGAACUCAAGUUCUUUUGGGCAUUCCUGGUGGAUAUGAUAAAAUGAGUAAAUGCUAUGACAGGAGGAAAUGCCUAGUAUGUUGCUCUUGGAUUAGUUUUGGUACAACAAAGGCAGUUUUGUUGUGAGUCACUGGAGAGGGUAGUGUAGAAAGGUGGAAGUUAGAAGAAUGAUGGCAGAUCCCACAGGACUAACCACAAAAAGUGUAGCUUUGCCAUUGAAAUAGAAGUUUGGAAUCUUAUUUUUUCAAGUUUCUCCCUGAAAUUAUUUCUUGACAUUCAUUAGCUCAGCAAUGUAUCUAAAUAAAGCUUUUUUGGGUCUCUAUUAUAAUAGAGGUUUGUUCCUUUUUCUUCCCUCUGAAAAGUAUCAUUUUUUACACAUUAUUUGAAAAUCCAGGUGUUAUAUGAUGUUCUUAUUGCCAGAGGGACAUUCUGUAGGCUCUUUGUAAAAAGAUUUUAGGAUUCAGAUACUUACUAUAUUUUUAUUGGGCCUAAUACUUUAUCCAACUGGAAAAUUAAACCUGUUCUUAAAAAAUUAAUCCAUCUAAGUGUCUGUAAAUUAAAGGAACAACUAAAGAUUGUUUAUUUGGUGUCAAAAACUCCUUGUUUCUACAACAGCAGUAUAAAACAAAGCCUGUUUUUAAAUGUACUUUUCCCACAGUAUCUGAAUUUCAAAUCUUCAAUAAAAUGUGGCUCAUAUUACUACCUCUAGCUUGAUUUUCUAAAAAUAGCUAACACUUAAGUAUGGUUAAUUUUAUGCCAUCUCAUGGCUUGUCAGAAAUGCUUUGUAUCAAGAUUUCAAAGUGUGAACAGAUUUCCUGCCGCACUGAUUAAGUUUGUAAUUUUGGCUGUUUUCCCAGCAUCGAGGUUUCUGCUUUGUGUUUAUGCAGGAGACUGGUAGCUUACAUUGUACUUUAAGGUUUUGUUUCGUGUUUUUAAAUUAACAUAUGUUUAAUUUCUAGUUUCUUUGUAGCCCUUUGCAACUUUAAUUAGGUCAUAAAGUGGAUUUAUUCUGAUUUCUCUGAUAAAUUUUAUAUAUCUUUUUAUUCAUGUAUUAUACAGCUCAUCAUAUAUGCAGGCAUAAUAAUUAAAUGUGGAACCUGUUUCCAGUUACACAGAUGUCUUAAUGUCCACCUUAUCAUCUCUAACUAAGGAUGUGGCUUUUUAAUUUGAGGUGGCAACAGAACAGAAAAGAAAACAGUAAAUUGAGUAACGGGCUUAGUAUUGCUGCUGCCUGGUUGUGUAUCUUUGGAAAACUUCUUUGGGAUUUGGCAUUAACUUGCAAGUCUUUGCAGUUUAGACAGUUAAAUAUGAUUGAAUGAACAAAUUUUAAUAGCAUAUGCUUCUUUUAUGCUAUUCAUUUACCCAGUAGACAUUUAAUUGACCACCUGCUAAAUAUGAGGCACUAUUCUUGCCGUUACCUUUUUAAUCUUUGAUUUGGAGUCUGCUAACAUUCUGGAACUUCCACUAUCAACUUACAACGUUUACUUUCCCCUCCCUUACCAGGAAGGCCAUUUCUUAUCAGUACGGUCGCAGAGAGAGGGAAAAAAGAAACAUAUGGGGCUAGACUUCCUGCUCUUAACAUACAGAAGCAAAUAGGUUGUGAAGGAAUACAUGGUAUUUUGGAUUCCUACCUUCCUCCUUCCGUAAUUUUUUUUUAAAAGGUUCAUAUGUUUUGUCUGUGUCUUAUGUAACAGUAAUCUGCAUUAUGAACUUAAAUGACAAGGAUCACCAUUUCACAUCUUUGGAGAUUGAUCACAGAGGAACUCAUUAUACAAUGACAAAUGGAGGCAGCAUUAACAGUUCUACACAUUUACUGGAUCUUUUGGAUGAACCAAUACCAGGUGUUGGUACAUAUGAUGAUUUCCAUACUAUUGAUUGGGUGCGAGAAAAAUGUAAAGACAGAGAAAGGCAUAGACGGAUCAACAGCAAAAAGAAAGAAUCAGCAUGGGAAAUGACAAAAAGUUUGUAUGAUGCGUGGUCAGGAUGGCUAGUAGUAACACUAACAGGAUUGGCAUCAGGGGCGUUGGCCGGAUUAAUAGACAUUGCUGCCGAUUGGAUGACUGACCUAAAGGAGGGCAUUUGCCUUAGUGCAUUGUGGUACAACCACGAACAGUGCUGUUGGGGAUCUAAUGAAACAACAUUUGAAGAGAGGGAUAAAUGUCCACAGUGGAAAACAUGGGCAGAAUUAAUCAUAGGUCAAGCAGAGGGUCCUGGUUCUUACAUCAUGAACUAUAUCAUGUACAUCUUCUGGGCCUUGAGUUUUGCCUUUCUUGCAGUUUCCCUGGUAAAGGUAUUUGCUCCAUAUGCCUGUGGCUCUGGAAUUCCAGAGAUUAAAACUAUUUUAAGUGGAUUCAUCAUCAGAGGUUACUUGGGAAAAUGGACUUUAAUGAUUAAAACCAUCACAUUAGUCCUGGCUGUGGCAUCAGGUUUGAGUUUAGGAAAAGAAGGUCCCCUGGUACAUGUUGCCUGUUGCUGCGGAAAUAUCUUUUCCUACCUCUUUCCAAAGUAUAGCACAAAUGAAGCUAAGAAAAGGGAGGUGCUAUCAGCUGCCUCAGCUGCAGGGGUUUCUGUAGCUUUUGGUGCACCAAUUGGAGGAGUUCUUUUUAGCCUGGAGGAGGUUAGCUAUUAUUUUCCUCUCAAAACUUUAUGGAGAUCAUUUUUUGCUGCUUUAGUGGCUGCAUUUGUUUUGAGGUCCAUCAAUCCAUUUGGUAACAGCCGUCUGGUCCUUUUUUAUGUGGAGUAUCAUACACCAUGGUACCUUUUUGAACUGUUUCCUUUUAUUCUCCUAGGGGUAUUUGGAGGGCUUUGGGGAGCCUUUUUCAUUAGGGCAAAUAUUGCCUGGUGUCGUCGACGCAAGUCCACCAAAUUUGGAAAGUAUCCCGUUCUGGAAGUCAUUAUUGUUGCAGCCAUUACUGCUGUGAUAGCCUUCCCUAAUCCAUACACUAGGCUAAACACCAGUGAACUGAUCAAAGAGCUUUUUACAGACUGUGGUCCCCUGGAAUCCUCUUCUCUUUGUGACUACAGAAAUGACAUGAAUGCCAGUAAAAUUGUCGAUGAUAUUCCUGAUCGUCCAGCAGGCAUUGGAGUAUAUUCAGCUAUAUGGCAGUUAUGCCUGGCACUCAUAUUUAAAAUCAUAAUGACAGUAUUCACUUUUGGCAUCAAGGUUCCAUCAGGCUUGUUCAUCCCCAGCAUGGCCAUUGGAGCGAUCGCAGGAAGGAUUGUGGGGAUUGCGGUGGAGCAGCUUGCCUACUAUCACCAUGACUGGUUUAUCUUUAAGGAGUGGUGUGAGGUUGGGGCCGAUUGCAUUACACCUGGCCUUUAUGCCAUGGUUGGUGCUGCUGCAUGCUUAGGUGGUGUGACAAGAAUGACUGUCUCCCUGGUGGUGAUUGUUUUCGAGCUCACUGGAGGCUUGGAAUAUAUUGUUCCCCUUAUGGCUGCAGUCAUGACCAGUAAAUGGGUUGGAGAUGCCUUUGGCAGGGAAGGCAUUUAUGAAGCGCACAUCCGAUUAAAUGGAUACCCUUUCUUGGAUGCAAAAGAAGAAUUCACUCACACCACCCUGGCUGCUGACGUCAUGAGACCUCGAAGGAACGAUCCUCCCUUAGCUGUCCUGACACAGGACAAUAUGACAGUGGAUGAUAUAGAAAACAUGAUUAAUGAAACCAGCUACAAUGGAUUUCCUGUCAUAAUGUCAAAAGAAUCUCAGAGAUUAGUGGGAUUUGCCCUCAGAAGAGACCUGACAAUUGCAAUAGAAAGUGCCAGGAAAAAACAAGAAGGUAUUGUUGGCAGUUCUCGGGUGUGUUUUGCACAGCACACCCCAUCUCUUCCAGCAGAAAGUCCUCGGCCAUUGAAGCUUCGAAGCAUUCUUGACAUGAGCCCUUUUACAGUGACAGACCACACCCCAAUGGAGAUUGUGGUGGAUAUUUUCCGAAAGCUGGGACUGAGGCAGUGCCUUGUAACUCACAAUGGGAUUGUCUUGGGGAUCAUCACAAAGAAGAACAUAUUAGAGCAUCUCGAGCAACUAAAGCAGCACGUCGAACCCUUGGCGCCUCCUUGGCAUUAUAACAAAAAAAGAUAUCCUCCGGCAUAUGGCCCAGACGGCAAACCAAGACCCCGCUUCAAUAAUGUUCAACUGAAUCUCACAGAUGAGGAGAGAGAAGAAACAGAAGAGGAAGUUUAUUUGUUGAAUAGCACAACUCUUUAACCCGAGGGAGUUGUCUACUUUUUUUUCCUCCGUUACAAAAAAAGAAAGGAAAUAUAAAAGCCGGGUUUUUGCAACGUGGUUUGCAAAUAAUGCUGGUGGAAUGGAGGAGUUGUUUGGGGAGGGAAAGGAGAGAAAAGGAAAGGAGUGAGGUAUUUCCCGCCUAACAGAAAGCAGUAUAUCAACUCCUAUUGUUCUGCACUGGAUGCAUUCAGCUGAGGAUGUGCCUGAUAGUGCAGGCUUGCGCCUCGACAGAGAUGACAGCAGAGUCCUCGAGCACUUGGCCUGUUGCUCCAACAUUGCAAAGACACAUUAUCAGUCCCUAUUUCUGGAGGGAUUGCUUUGAAUUGAGCCAUCUAUAAAACUGCAAGGUCUUGCCCUUUUUUUUAAAUCAAAACUGUUCUGUUUAAUUCAUGAAUUGUAUAGUUAAGCAUUACCUUUCUACAUUCCAGAAGAGCCUUUAUUUCUCUCUCUCUCUCUCCUGAGCUGUAACAAAGCCUCUUUAAAUCGGUGUACCCUUUUGAAGCAGUCCUUUCUCAUAUUGAGAUGUACUGUGAUUUUACUGAGGUUUCAUCACAAGAAGGGAGUGUUUCUUGUGCCAUUAACCAUGUAGUUUGUACCAUCACUAAACGCUUGGAACAGUACACAUGCACCACAACAAAGGUUGAUCAAACAGGUAAAAUCUCGAAGGAAGCCUGAACGAAAUCUCUCAUUGUGUGCCAUGUGGCUCAAAACCGAAAACAAUGAAGCUUGGUUUUGAAGGAUAAACAGUUUUCUUUUUUGUUUUCCUCUCAGACUUUAUGGAUAAUGUGACCUGGUCUUAUGCAAAUUUUCUAUUUCCACAACUACUAUGAUAUACAAGUGCUGUUCAGCAUAAUUAAACAAAAUGCUGCUGCUUUGACAGUAAAGAGAAGGAAGUAUUCUGUUUAGCUGUAUCUGGUAUUAAUUGCAUGUUAAAACACUGGAAUUUUUAAAAUUGAAAUUAGAUCAGUCAUUCUUUUCUUUUCUCAAGAUAUCACAUGGCUGACACUGAAGAAGAAAUGUAAUUCAUAACUUGCACUAAAUGUAUAUUUUUUUUCUUAAAAAUUUACCAUUCUUAUUUAUAUUUUUAUGGAUUAAAAUUUAUAAAAUACAGAUCAGUUAAUAUUGCACUUAAGUAAUUUUACCUUUUUAAUGUGAUUUUUAUAGAAUAACUCAGACUUACAAAUAUGGAGAUAUGAACAAAGUUUACAGUGGGAACAAAGGUUUAAAAAGAGGUUGUGGUUCUCUCUCUGUGAUCCAGUGUGUACAUAAACCGUUCUCUGAUCUUUCACUGCCAUCCUCCGGAUUAUGUCUUCUGACCUGUCCAUUUUGACCCAUUAACCGGAAAGUUGAAAAACUACGUUAACUGGAAAGUUGAAAAACUACAUUAACUGGAAAACUGAAAAACUACAUUACUUUGGAGAAUAAAACCAAAAGUUAGUGUUUACCUUCUUAAAAAAAAAAAAAAUCAAAAAAUUUAAAAACAAUAGAAUUGCAAAGAUAGCAGUUAAAAUUUUAAUAUGAAAAUAACCUUUGAAUCUCGAGCUAGGUCACAUCCAUAUUUGAAGUGGUCAAUGAUGGUUUGGACAUUUUUUGCAGGAUGAGUUAAAAUGCACUGGAGUAUAUUUGGGAUUUUUGUUUUUGGAAUUGUCUGUUUUAAUCACAGUCUUAAUUCACAAUUGGCAAAGGCAGUUUACUCAAAGGACUGGCCUAAAUAUUCUGUAAUUAUGCAUUUUUGAUAGGAAAAUGAAGUUUUUGCAAGCAGACAUUUUAUUUUUGUCUUUUCUUUGGCUGGAGUGCAGUGGGGCAUGGUCUUGGCUCACUGCAGGGUUGACCACCUGGGCUCAAGUGAUCCUCCCGCCUCAGCCACCCGAGUAGCUGGGACUACGGGCAUGCGCCACCAUGCCCAGCUACUUUUUUUGUAUUUUUAGUAGAGAUGGGGUUUUGCCAUGUUGCCCAGGCUGGUCUCAACUCCUCAGCUCAAGCAGUCCCCCUGCCUAAGCCUCCCAAAGUGGUGGAAUUACAGGCUUGAGGCACUUGCACCUGGCCCAGACAGACAUUUUCUGAAACACAACUGGCAAUGAGCUGUUUUUACAUUUUGAAAGUGAUUCUUCACUUCCUAGUUCUUAAUUAUAAUAUACCUAUUAAGAUCUGUAAGGUCCUGAAGACUUAUAAGAUCAUGAAGCCAUAUAAUAAUGAGGAUUGAAAGUUGAGCAAAAUUUUCAGGAUUUUGGGAAACAUUCUUAGCUGUGCUGUCUGCCUAAGAUUAGUCCUUAUUACUUCCCUCCUUUGAUAGACUUCAAGUUUUCUUCAUAGCCCUUUCAAAGGUUUUUGGGCCAUCCAGACUAAAAUCAUUUCUCAAUGAUAGUUCUAUAUAUCUCCAACUUGUCUUAAGUGUAUUUGCCUCUGUGCAAGGUAUUGCUAGACUAUGAACUCCUCAGCAUGGCUGCUGGAUAACUUACUGUCUCGAGUUACAAGCCUUCAAAGGAGAAAUCGGUUUCUUUGCAGAUAGCUUCAUAAAACUUCACAUGGAGUUUAUUUUCCAUAUUUCUCUUUUUUAUUUCUGCUCCUCUUUUCAUUGCCCAUCUUGCUUCAGAGACUGACAUUUCAGAGUGGAUAUUAAUUAAAGCAUUAAUUUUCUUUUUUGGUGUAUUUCUAUCCCUAGCGUGUCUUACUGCUAAAAUACAGGAAAAGUGCCGUAUUUUUAAUGCAUUCAGUGGUUUUCUUUGGUGUUAUCUGUUCCAUUUUCUUUUUCGUACAUUGAGGUGUGUCUCCUUUUCAACCAAAUGAAAUAGUGGAGACCAUGAAAUUGUUGUGCCUGGCUAAUUGGCAAAUUAAUUUACCAAUAUAAUAACUGUAGCGCCUUAUUUGAAUACCCUUUUUGAGAAGGUAUGAUGAGAAUGGGCAAGGGUGUCAGCAUCUCUUCUUCUUAAUAAUUGUUUUCAGUUUUGGUUCACAAAGAAUGCUUAGUUUGUUAACCUGUGAUGUUACCUAGAGCUGUAUUUAUCUGUUUUUAUUUAUACUAGUGUAGUAAAGCUGCAUAUCAUUACAGUAAAAAUGAUUACUGUGAUGAGUUAAUCAGAAAAUCUAUUAAAAUCUAUAUGACAAUG